AUGGCCCCGUCUUCCCUCAAUGUUAUGUUGAAAGGCAGCUCCGGCCGGAGUACGCGCGGUCUAUUGCGGGUUAUCAUUCUCUGUACCAUUGCAGCCGCCGCGGUCUCUAGCAGACUGUUCAGUGUUAUUAGAUUCGAGAGUAUCAUCCACGAAUUCGACCCGUGGUUUAACUUCCGUGCAACGAAAUACUUGAUCGAAAAUGGCUUCUAUAGCUUCUGGGAUUGGUUUGAUGACCGAACAUGGCAUCCUCUGGGUCGUGUUACAGGUGGCACAUUAUACCCUGGCUUGAUGGUCACCAGCGGCGUCAUUUACCACAUUCUUCGUCUUCUCACCAUCCCCGUCGACAUUCGCAACAUCUGCGUUCUGCUCGCCCCCGGGUUCUCUGGAUUGACGGCCCUAGCAAUGUAUCUCCUCACCUCUGAGAUGUCUACCUCCCCCUCCGCGGGUCUCCUGGCUGCUGCCUUCAUGGGUAUUACCCCGGGCUACAUUUCGCGAUCCGUGGCAGGCAGUUACGACAAUGAAGCUAUUGCGAUCUUCUUGCUAGUAUUCACAUUCUACCUCUGGAUCAAGGCUGUAAAGAACGGCUCGAUCAUGUGGGGAGCCUUGACUGCAUUAUUCUACGGCUACAUGGUUUCGGCUUGGGGUGGAUACGUUUUCAUUACCAACCUGAUUCCUCUGCAUGUCUUUGUUCUUCUGUGCAUGGGCCGAUACAGCAACCGAGUGUACAUCAGCUACACUACCUGGUAUGCCCUGGGAACAUUGGGAAGCAUGCAGAUUCCUUUUGUUGGUUUCUUGCCUAUUCGAAACAGCGAUCACAUGUCUGCUCUUGGCGUCUUUGGAUUGAUCCAAUUGGUGGCAUUUGCAGAGUUCAUCCGAACCUACCUUCCCGGCAAGGAGUUCCAGAAGCUUCUUACUUCUAUGAUCCUGCUUACCGUCGGCCUCGGAUUCGGUGGGCUAGUCCUGCUAUCGGUCUCUGGAGUAAUUGCUCCCUGGAGUGGUCGUUUCUACUCUCUGUGGGAUACCGGCUACGCCAAGAUCCACAUUCCAAUCAUUGCUUCCGUCUCUGAGCACCAGCCCACUGCCUGGCCUGCAUUCUUCUUUGACUUGAACUUCCUUAUCUGGCUCUUCCCGGCUGGCGUGUUCAUGUGCUUCCAGAAACUCAAGGAUGAGCAUGUGUUUGUGGUCAUUUAUGCGGUCCUUGCCAGCUACUUUGCCGGCGUUAUGGUCCGUCUGAUGCUCACACUGACUCCCAUUGUGUGUGUUGCAGCUGCCCUCGCUUUAUCGAGCAUCCUCGACAGUUUCCUAGUUGCGUCUACCCCAAGCUCUAGCUCUGAAGCUAAGGAGAAGCCAACCGCCGAAGACAAGUCCCUUCGGUCAACUCGGAAGCCAGUUGUCGGUAUCUACUCGUUCUUCUCCAAGUCUGUGGUGGUAGGCUCAGUCAUCGUCUACUUGCUUCUGUUCGUCGCACACUGCACCUGGGUUACUUCGAACGCAUACUCCUCUCCAUCCGUUGUCCUGGCCAGCAAGCUACCUGAUGGAAGCCAGUACAUCAUCGAUGACUACCGUGAGGCCUACUACUGGCUCCGCCAGAACACCCCGGAUAAUGCCAAGAUCAUGGCGUGGUGGGAUUAUGGAUACCAGAUUGGUGGUAUGGCUGACCGUCCCACCUUGGUUGACAACAACACUUGGAACAACACCCACAUUGCCACUGUUGGCAAGGCUAUGAGCUCGCGCGAGGAAGUCAGCUACCCCAUCCUGCGCCAGCACGAUGUUGACUACGUCCUGGUCGUCUUCGGCGGACUGCUUGGCUACUCGGGUGACGAUUUGAACAAGUUCCUCUGGAUGGUUCGUAUCGCCGAGGGUAUCUGGCCGGACGAGGUGAAGGAGCGUGACUUCUUCACUGCCCGUGGCGAGUACCGCGUUGACGAGGAGGCCACUCCCGCCAUGAAGAACAGCUUGAUGUACAAGAUGUCUUAUCACAACUUCCAGUCCCUCUUCCCGCCCGGUCAGGCUAUGGACCGUGUCCGUGGCACAAAAGUCCCCAAGGAAAGCCCCCAGCUCAACACACUGGAAGAGGCUUUCACUAGCGAGAACUGGAUCGUCCGUCUCUAUAAGGUCAAGGACCUGGACAACCUCGGCCGUGACCACAGCAGCGCUGUUGCCUUUGACAAGGGGCUCAAGCGCAAGCGUGCCACCAAGCACAAGGGCCCUCGUGUUCUGCGAACCGAGUAG